CCGCAGGGGGUCCCAGAGGGCGCAGGCGGGCCCCGCGAGUUCCUGGCCCUGGUGACCGUGACGGACAAGGCCAAGAAGGAGGAGCUGGAGAGAGAAACCCCGGGGGCCGAGUCCAUCAGCCUGAACAUCGAGGACCUGAGCGGGGUCCCCGACCUGGUGGCCCUCCUGGCCGUGAGAGACACGUGGGACGAGGAGGCCGCGGGCAGCGACGCUUGGGAAAGCGAGUCGCAGGCCAGCGGGGACCACGGGCCGGAGGGGGGCCACCCUGAGUUCGUGGCCAUCGUGGCCUACACAGACCCCGCGGACCCCUCCGCCCGGGAGGAGAUGCUGAAGAUCGCCUCCGUGAUCGAGUCGCUGGGCUGGAGCGACAGGAAGGAGCAGAGCGACGCGCUCCCCGAGGUCCUCGCCCUGGUCCUGAGGAAGGCCAAGGACGACGGGAACCUCCUGGAAUGCAUCUCCACCCUGGCCGAGCCGGGGCCCCUCCCCCGGGGGCCCUUCCUCCUCGGGGGCUGGGGCGACGAGGAGGAAGGCGAGGUGGGCCUCCUGGAGCUGGUGGCGCUCCUGGCCGCCCAGGACAUGGCCGAGGGGAUGAAGGAAGGGAAGGAAGGGGCCGGGGAAGGUGGGAAGUGUAGAUACCACAAGGGCGGCCUCGGGGAGCUCCUGGCGCUCCUGGCGGCGCGUGAGGACCGGGAGUCGGAGGAGUCGGAGUCGGAGGGGACUUCGGAGGGCGGCUCGGAG